AUGAGAGAGUCUCAGGUCAUCUCAUCUCAAGGCCAAGGGGUCAAUACGUCUCUGAUAUACUGUGAUGGCCAGCCGGCGUCACAGUACAACGGCAAGCCAUUGGUAAAUACGAUUUCGUGUGCUGGAUUUCCUAAUGCUAUUUAUGUCAAAGUCAUUCAACCUGUUGUUGGUCCACCAUCUUAUCAGUAUUUUGAUCGCCAAGGCAGACGCGUCGGUGCAAGCAAAAUCUUGGAAAACGAGAGCGUGACCGUUACAGAAUCUACAGAAUAUGACAAGUUUGGUAAAACCUCGGCCACAUCGUUUCCACACACAGCAGCAGAAUCUGUGAUAACACUGAACUAUGGGAAAGAUGAAUAUGGACGAGUUGUCAGUGUGACGAACUCUCUUUUUCCUAGCCGGAAGCUCAACAUCCAACAUUCUGGCUCUAACAUAACGUUUAUAGAUCCUCUCGGAAGAAAGCAGAAACAUGUAACAAACGCUGCAGAUUUAGUGGUAGAGGUAGUCGGUGAGAUGCAAGAUCAACUUCGUUAUUGGUACGAUCCUGACGGUAAUCUCUUGGGUGUUCAAGGCAACAUCAACAAUGACAAAGUCGGCUGGCUUCUUCGUGUCUCCUACGACGAAGGUGGACACAAGCGAUCUCUUCUUCACCCCGACAAGGGACUGUAUCGUUACGGGCACGACAGCAGGGGACGUCUAGUUUGGCAAACGGAUUCGAAUAGAAACAACGUGACUUUCGAAUGGGAUGAACGCAGCAGGGCUGUGGCAGCCCAUAGCGUGGAAGGCAGUCACUACUACGAAUAUAGCAAACAAUUCCCCGACAACGUUGUGGCAGAAUACUCCAUCGACAGUUCUUUCCAAUAUCGAUUUGACUACACGUAUGAUUCAAGGGGAUUGCUUAUUCAAGGUGACAAAACCUUCCGAUUGCUGGGAAUAGAUUCUCCAACUGAAUCUGCGAAUAGAUGUUGGUACAAUUCAACGUUCAAAUACGAAUAUGAUCCUACUGAUAGACUGACUCGUAUUGUCUAUCCAACCGGUUUUUUUGUCACGCUGAUUUAUGAUGAUAACAAUCGCGUCACAAAAAUAGUCGACAUGAUGGGAAGAGUUCAGUGGCAAGCACUUGAAUUCAAUUCGAAUGGUCAAGUAACUAAAGAGCAAAGAGGAAAUGGUUUAUUGACGGAGUAUGGUUACGAUGCGCUGUCUCACAGUCUACUUUCUAUGCGUACUUACGGGAAUGGACUGACCGUGCAGGAUGUGAGAUAUACACUAAACGACGCGGAGAACGUCAUUAAACGGGAAGACAGUACGAAGGGUUUGCAGGAGAGUUUUGAAUACGAUAAGCUGAACAGAAUUACUAGAGCAACAGUACUAGGCUCCGACGCACCGUUUUCGCAAGAAUUUCGAUACGACGACAACAGCAAUUUGGUCUACAAGAGUGAUGUCGGAGAGUUUAAGUAUCAUUCGGACCAUCCACAUGCAGUCAAACAAGUCAGACAAAGUAGCAAUGCUUCUUCAUUAUUGUACGAGUUUGAGUACGACGCCAAUGGAAAUCGAGUUUCUGGUAACGGAACGUACAUCAGCUAUAAUUCGAUGAACAAACCAGUAAACAUAACGCGUGGUCCAUUCACUACCAUAUUUGACUACACGUUGACAGGCAAACUGAUGGUUCGUCGAGACAUGGUGUGGUUGUAUCUUCCACAAGAAGGUAACUCGUCUAACAUCACUCUGCACACGUACCGCACCACCGUAUAUGUCGACGAUCUCUACCACGAGGAGACGACACGCGAUCCGGUCCUGAAACCCUCUACUGUACAGAAACAUUACAUCGAAACGUACGCGGUGAUGGUGAGGGUCAUCAACGGCACCGUAAAAGUAGUGAACGAUUCUCAUGGUAACGUUACAGAUAUUCAAGGAGGAUACGAUCAAUUGUAUGUGACAUAUCCGUACACUGAUAUCAAAGGGUCUCUGUCUCUUGUUACCGAUGAGUCUGGUAAUACGUUGCAAGAAUACAGUUUUGAUGUUUGCGGAUCUCCCAGAUCUCCUCUCACUUGGCGGCCGCUGAGACGGCGAGACGAGACAACUCGAGCUUCGGAGUUUUUGUCUCUCGAUGAAGCAGAGAAUCUGUUGUCUCGAUACCAGCACACAGAACAGCAAGGCUACGACGGACAUGAGCAGCUAAUGGACAUCGGUGGUGAUCUCGUUCACAUGGGUGGCCGGUUGUAUGACAGCACUCACUGCACGUUUGCUACACCAGAUCCAACCAACGACGAUUCCUACAGUCUGGUCGGAUACAAUUCGUACGCCUACGGACGGUUUAACGCUCUGAGUGGUUCCGAUCCCAGUGGCUACGGAAUUUUCUCUUUCAUAGGACAUAUGUUUAGCAGCAUUUUUCACUUCAUCGCUCACAUUGUUGAAGACAUCGUCCACUUUAUAGUUCAUAUCGUCGACGACAUCGUGAGCAUAUUGCGCAAAUUUCCAAUUCUCGAUAAAUUGAUUACACUCGCCAUCGACGCGUUUGCCGACUUGACGGGCAAUGUGUGGAUCGAGUUCGUUUGGAAUGUCAUCAACGACAGAAUUCGAGGAGAGAGUUGGGGCGACAGCCUCAAAGACGGCAUCAUCAAUUUGGCCACAAGCGCUCUCGGAUCUAUAGCAAAGGAUGCGACAGGCGUCGAGAAAUAUCUCGUCGAUGCUGCCAAGGGCGGGCUACAGGCUCUCAGCCACGGAGGUAACGUUUUCAAGGGAAUGCUAAUGGGAGUUGCUGGCGACGUUGCUCACGACGUGGCGGGUUUGAUCGAUAAGGGGCCGUCCAACUACUUCACUCUCUCGUACAACAAUGUCCCGUAUCUAAAGUUCGACCUCAACGAAUUGGCCAAGAAAGCGAUCGAAGGUGCCAUCGACUCGGCAGCGAGAGAUGCCAUUAAUGGCGACUUCGGUGAUAUACUGAAAGACACGUUCCAAGGGGCUUGGAAUGGAUUCAAGAACGACUUCGUGCAGCAGUGGGACAAACAGAAGAAAGAAUUUGAACACAACGUGUUGUCUAAACUUAAAAAAUGGGUUACCAAGAAGAUUCCGCUCAUUACCAAGGUGGAGAAAGACUUGGAAAAGGUGAAGAAGUUCUUCGGGGGUGCCAAGAAAGCCAAGCACGAUGCUCAGGCGACGACCGAUGCUCGGACGGACGUGGACAGAACGACUCUAACUUUUGCCAGACAUUUCACGUUGGGUUUCAACAGUCACACGCAUGCAAUAUACUUUCAGGCAAAGGCGAGUGCCGAUUUUUUCUACCUGCACAAGACCCAACUGAUGUCUUUGCAGAUAAAAGUUCACGCCGAGGCUAGUGAAACAUGGAAGUGGCAACUCUGAGACAUACAUGUGGGUACAUCUAGCUGAGAUGUACGCUUUUCAUUACUCCAAAAUGUCAGUGUGUGUGCGUGCGUGUGUGUGUGUGUGUGUGUGUGUGUGUGUGUGUGUGUGUGUGUGUGUGUGUGUGUGUGUGUGUGUGUGUGUGUGUGUGUGUGUGUGUGUGUGUGUGUGUGUGUGUGUGUGUGUGCGUGCGUUUGCUCGAAUGCAAUUUGUUUUACCUUACAACAAAUUUUCAUGAUAAAAACAGACUGCUAAUCAUAUAUACGACUGGUUAGAUUGACUUUGUUAGAGUGGUUAUGGCGAGCCACUAUCUAAAGUACAGUGUACUGACAAAAAUUCGAGUACAUUUGUUGGAACUUG